AAGCAUAAGCUAAGACCUUGCACUGAGUCAUAGGUUGGGAGAGUUCGGGUCGCCAUGUUGAGUUUCAGCAGAGAUGUGGAGUGAAGUCAUGAUGAAUACACUCGUAAAAAAUGUAUAAUGGACAUGUUCCGUCUAAAACUGAAAUAAUGGCUUCGACUUCAACACCGACAUAUAAUAAUUCCAACUCCUUGGAAAACAACAGCAGUAAGAAUGCAUCAAGAGAGAGUCUCAGAAUGGAACAUCUAGUGGACGUGCCACAGUUACCAGGGGAAGAAAGAGUAACAGAUAAAGACAUCAUCUACAUUUGUCCAUUUAAUGGUGCUGUCAAAGGGAAAGUGUCCAUUACAAAUUAUAGGCUUUUCUUCAAGAGUUUUGAAGUGGAUCCCGCCGUGACCUUUGACGUGCCUCUUGGAGUCAUCAGCCGGAUUGAGAAGAUGGGCGGGGCCUCCAGUCGAGGGGAGAAUUCUUACGGGUUGGACAUCACCUGCAAGGAUAUGAGGAACCUGAGGUUUGCCUUGAAACAAGAAGGACACAGCAGGAGAGACAUUUUUGAGAUCCUCUUCAAAUACGCCUUUCCUCUGUCACAUGGUUUGCAAUUGUUUGCCUUUUUAAGCCAGGAGAAGUUCUCUGAAAAUGGCUGGAAAGUUUACAGCGCUGUUCUGGAGUAUAAGAGACAGGGCUUACCCAACAACAAAUGGAGAAUAACCUUUGUGAAUGAGCGGUAUGAGCUGUGUGACACCUACCCUACCGUCCUCAUGGUGCCUUUCAAAGCCACUGAUGAAGACCUAAGGAAAGUGUCAGCCUUCAGGUCCAGAAACCGGAUCCCUGUGGUGUCGUGGAUUCACCCUGUGAACCAGGCGGUUAUCAUGCGCUGCAGCCAGCCCCUGGUGGGGAUGAGUGGGAAGCGCAACAAAGACGAUGAGCGCUACCUGGAUAUCAUCAGAGAGGCCAACGGACAGACCACCAAACUCACCAUCUACGAUGCAAGGCCCAAUGUCAACGCAGUCGCCAAUAAGGCCACAGGGGGCGGGUAUGAAGGGGAUGACGCCUAUCAGAACGCAGAGCUGGUCUUCCUGGAUAUCCACAACAUUCACGUCAUGAGGGAGUCGCUGAAGAAGCUCAAGGACAUUGUCUACCCACAGGUGGAAGAGGCACACUGGCUUUCCAGCCUGGAGUCCACGCACUGGCUAGAACACAUCAAGCUGGUCUUGGCAGGGGCUAUCCAGGUGGCAGACAAGAUCUCGUCUGGUAACUCGGUGGUGGUACACUGCAGCGAUGGCUGGGACCGCACUGCACAGCUCACCUCCCUCUCCAUGCUCAUGCUGGACAGCUACUACAGGACCAUGAUUGGCUUCCAAGUGCUUGUGCAGAAGGAGUGGAUCAGCUUUGGACACAAAUUUUCUUCUAGAAUUGGUCAUGGGGACAAGAAUCACACCGAUGCAGAUCGGUCUCCGAUUUUCGUGCAGUUUAUUGACUGUGUGUGGCAGAUGACAAAACAGUUUCCUACAGCGUUCGAGUUCAAUGAACUAUUCUUGAUGACAAUUCUGGAUAACCUGUACAGCUGUCGGUUUGGGACAUUCCUGUACAACUGUGAAAGUGUCAGAGACAACAUGGAGGUGAAAGAGAAGACCGUUUCUUUGUGGUCUAUGAUCAACAGUGAAAACGGAAAGUACAUUAACCCCUUCUAUACCAAGGAAUCGAGCCGGGUGCUGUACCCUGUAGCCAGCAUGCGCCACCUAGAGCUCUGGGUAAACUACUACAUCCGGUGGAACCCAAGGAUCAGACAGCAGCAACAGAACCCAGUGGAGCAGCGCUACAUGGAAAUGCUGGCUCUCCGAGAUCAGUAUUUGAAGAAGCUGGAGGAGCUCCAGACCUCAGACUCCCCCCGCAUUGCCAACAACUCCAGCUCACCUGCAUCCCCAACACAGCUGGUCCACCACGUGCAGACUCAGCUCUGAAAAAGUGCAAACCUGUAAAUAACAUGCAAUACAUCACUCUAUACGCCUUCACAUCUAGACAAAAAGAAAAAGCCUUAAAACAAAAAACAUUGUCUUCUUCACUUAAGAAGGACCUUGAGUUGCACUAGAUUGUCUGUGCCUUGAUCUUGAUUUCACUCAGUUCCACCUUUUUAAUGGGUUAUUUAAAGUUGUAUUUAAAUAUAAUGGGAGUGAGGGGCUGUCAGUAAUAUAGAGAAGAAUUUACAUUUUAGGUAGAUCCCCCUGCACAAUAUAACUGUAGCCCAAGGUUAAUUCUUUAUUAUAAAUUGGAAAGCUGUUUUAGGCAGAGUGGUGAGAUAGGGAAACUGUUUUUUUUUACAAUAAUUUUGUAUUUACCUCAGUAAUUUACUGUUAAGUUCUGUAGUUUGUAAAUUUUAGGUAUUUUAUUUAGUGUCAAGUGUAAAGCUCAAUAGUUUUGUAAAAAAAAAAAAAAAAAAUAUUAGGUUCUUUAAAAAAUAGGCAUAAAAUAUAAUUCAUUUUUUGUAAAUGUACUGUUAUAGAACCAAUACCCCUAUUAAAAUGAUAGAUGGUUAAUGGAUUGUGUAAGUGCUGCUGGACCCUGGUGAUUUCAAUUGAGGGGGGCAGCAGGUUCAACAGUAGCUAUUUAGUUCAUUUAUUUUCUGGGGGGGGGUGGGAUUGUGGAAUUUAAAAAAUUGUAUAUUUACGUAAGAUUACCAUUUAAUGAGAGUAUAUUCUGCGUUAUAGUAAAAUGAAACUAGAAGUACUAUAUUGUUAGGCGGUCCUGGAUGUUGUAAAUAAUUCUGAUUGAAGUUAAUUUAAAAGUACGAAGGAUUAGUUUGUUUUGAAGAGGCCUGUAAUGAGAUCUAAAGCUUUGGUAUGAAAAUUUUGGAGAAGCCAGAGCCUCAUUCUGCUGCAGUGCAUUCAGCUCCUAAUGUUGAAUGAGAUGGUAGGUUUGUGUGAACAUGAUCUUUGUGUUUGGGGUGAAAAACAUAAGUGCAUAAUGUGGCGUGGAUUGCAGCUUUUAAAACAAAAAAACAAAGGUCAUUUAAUGAAGGGACAAACUAGAGAAUAUUCAAAUAUUGUUAAGGUUUGUAGUUGAAAAUAUAUGCAAUUCAAUUCACUGUCUUUGUGGGCCUCACUGGAGUUGUUCCUGAAAAUGGCACCUAAAUUCCAGCCACCUUAACCAAAAAACAAAUGAACUUUUAGGAGUUGCAGAACCACACACUGGGCACACACUGGUAUUGCCUUACAUGGUUAGGAGUGGCCGUUGAUAUAAACCUGUUUGAAUGAAAACUACAAUUUUAGAUAUAGCCAACACUAGGCUUGAUGCAUGUCAUGUUUAGUGGCAUUCUAAUGCUUCUUCUUAAUUCUAACAGUACCAUAUAUCAGCAGUAAAAUAAACCCACCAAAUUACCUGACAAAGCAAGUGACGAACACUGUUCCAUACAGUACAAUGUGUGUUUAUUUCAGCUGUCAGUUAACGCAAGAGUUGAAGGUUUUAGAAAGUGUUUUUGUUUUACCAGUAUACAGGGUGUUUCAGAAACAAUGCACCACAGGAAGAGUACAGUCAUGGCACAUGUACUGUACAAUCUUGAUGAACAAGUGGACUUUUUAUUCACACAGUCCUGUAAUAUUUAAGCAAUUUAAGCAAGUCAAAGUGGUCAAGCCAAGCAUAUUAUUUAAAUUUUUUCCCUCUGGUGCAUUACUGUAGAACAGUAUUUUUUUUCUUACUGAAGACCUUUCAAUAAAUGUUAGUUUGAACAUCUGUGCCAGCAUUAAUUAUUCAUAGUCCUCACUGGUUAAGGUAGCUUUUCAAAAGCAGUGUACAGUAAAUGAGCAUGAGUGUGUGCCAAAAAGUAGUUUCAGUGUGUGACUGCAUAUGCUGUUAAGUGGAUCUUGGUCUCUGCCAAGCACUAACUGUGCUACUACAGAGAAUUCUCUCUGGCCUUUAACACAUUUUCAUUAAAAGCCUGCUAUUGAACUUG